GUGACGCGAUUCACACUUGCACUCCGGACUUUCAAUCGUCUCUGUAUCAGAAGGAUUAUGCAUCGCUAUUUCAGAUAAAUAACAAGACAAAACAAUGAUCUGCAUCCUGUUAGUUGCAGGGCACGGAACGGUUUUAGAGACACAGAUUAAGAGCGAUGUUACAGGUCUGUACUCUCAUUUGACCGGAGUGCCCAAAGCUCUGUUACCUGGAGUCGGAGGAAAGAAAAUAUUGGAUUUCUGGUGGGAAACCGUCAACACGCGUCAGCUCUUCAGUGAAGUCUAUCUGGUCACAAAUGCUGACAAAUACAAGCAUUAUGAACGGUGGGCAACAGCAAAUGACUUUCCAUUGGAGAAUGUUGUGAAUGAUGGCAGCACGACUCUAGAUGACAGGCUCGGGGCUGUGGCAGACCUUGAGCUGGCCAUCCGAAGCCGGCAGCUACAAGAUGACAUCAUGGUGAUUGCAGGAGACAUGCUUUGUGCUGAUCAAAACUUUGAUAUUGCACAAGUCAUUCGCUUUUUUAGAUCUAAGCCUGGAGAACUUGCUAUAUAUUAUGAGUUGGAGUCCGGGGAGAAGAGCUUCUCCAGAGGAAUUGUUGAAGUUUGUCCAAACACUCAUCGAGCUAUUGAAUCAUCUCUGUCCAAGCUUUGUGAUUGGCCCAUAGCAGAAUUCUUACAUCAGUCCAUCCUGACUUCAUACGUGCUCAAACCUCUAAUCUUAAGAGUCAUGCGCUUCCUUGAGAAGCCUCAGGAGGGCAUCACUGCAUCUCGUCUUGCCAGUGUGGUAUUCUACUGCCUACGCAAAGAGUCCUUACCAUACAUCUCAGAAUUCCUCUGCAAUCACCCAGACGUUAAAGAUAGAACCUUUGGCAUGUUUUGGGAAUGGCUUGUAAAUGAGGAGAAAGUGCCUGUUUAUGGGAUGAAGCUACCAACAGGUUUUCAACUAAUUGGACAAGUGGGUCUGUCUGAUUACACGAAAUGGCUUGCUCACUAUUCUUCAAAGCAACAGUUAUCUCCAUCUAAACCUAUUACAUGCCGCUCAUAUGCCAGGGUUGGACUCAUGGGGAACCCGUCUGAUGGUUUCAAUGGGAAAACCAUUGCUUUGACCAUCGCUAACUUCUGGGCUGAGGUCACACUCAUGGAAAGCCAGACUCUGGUCCUUCUACCUCAUCCUCUGAACGACCCAACAGAGUUUGGAAGCUUGCAGGAUCUUUUUCGGAUCAGUCGUAAAGAAGGGUAUUUGGGAGGUCUGAGACUUCUGCAAGCCACCUGUAAAAAGUUUUACCAGUUCUGCUCAGAGCAAGGCAUUGCUCUGUCCAAGCAGAAUUUUACUCUGAAGUAUGACACAAACAUUCCUCGGCAAGUGGGUUUAGCUGGUAGUAGUGCAAUCGUGUCUGCCACCUUGAAGUGCCUGAUGAAGUUUUACAACAUCACAGACAAUGAUCUUCCUAAACCAGUCAGAGCAAACUUCAUCCUCAAUGUUGAGACCGAUGAGCUCUUCAUCACAGCUGGUUUACAGGACAGAGUUGUGCAGGUUUAUGAAGGCUUGGUUUACAUGGACUUCAGCAAACAGCUUAUGGAUGAGCGGGGUUAUGGAGAUUACAUUCCCUUGGAAAUGAACGAUCUCCCCUUAUUCUGGUUGGCCUACUUGGGCGAUCCAAGCGAUUCUGGACGGAUUCAUAGUAAUGUUAGACAGCGCUGGCUGAAUGGUGAAUCUGUUGUUGUUGAAGCAAUGAAGUCAUUUGCUGACCUCACAGAUCAAGCCAGGGCUGCCUUCCAGUGUAAGAACUGGCCUAGACUUUCUCAGCUCAUGGAUGAAAACUUUGAGCUAAGGCGGUCUGUGUAUACUGAUGACUGUUUGGGCCCAGGAAAUCUGAAAAUGGUACAGCUUGCGAGACAGUUUGGAUCUGCAGUGAAAUUGCCUGGCAGUGGUGGCGCUGUGGUGGGCUUGUGUAUGGACCCUGAACGUCUGGUGGAGAUGAAGAAAGCUUUUCAAGAGGCUGGUUGUGUGUUUUGUCUUAUUGUGCCAUAUGAUCCUUCAGUGCAAGGUCAUAACUGAUUUCUCAGUGAACAAAGAAAGAGUUUCCUGAUUUGUUUAAGAAGCUGUGAUAGCUCUGGAGAGGGACAGACCUUUUUUGGCUUGUUUUUAAUCGUAAGUGAAUGUGGCAUUGUUGUCCUAUUUCUGACUCGUAUCACAGCACAGGUCUUCAUCAUUGUUUAGAGGUAGAUGGCAGUGGGAGGGGCUCCAAUUGUUGUACAUUUCAAAUUGAAAUGAGAAACAAUUGACUUUAUAAUGGUAGCCUUUCACACCCAUCCUGCCCGUGUCAUAAAAAAAUAUUUGUGCAAACUUUGGAGGUAAAAUUGUUUCUUCCAGUAGACAUGAUGAUUAUAUUUUCAAUUAAAAAAAUUUUUUUUGUUUUUUGUUUUUUUUUUAAAUCUUAAGUAUAAAUUGCAAUUCUUCCUACAAAAUUAACUGUUAUAUAACACACAAUGUAUAUCUCCCAUUUUAUCAUCAUGUUAUUUCAAAUGUGAAUAAAUCAAAUAUAUAA